AUGCCUCGACGACCGCAAGAGAAUGGUGAUCUCUGUGCUAUUUUCAUACAUGCUGGAGCGGGAUACCACAGUCGCCAAAAUGAGAAGAUCCACCUAACAGCGGUUAACGAUGCUGCAAAAGUCGGCAUGGCUAUCUUGAAGAACGGAGGAGACGCCACGGAUGCCGUCGAGAUGGCGAUCCGGCUACUGGAGGACAAGGAAGUCACGAAUGCAGGGUAUGGGAGUAAUCUGACCAUGGAUGGGCGAGUCGAAUGUGAUGCUACCAUAGUUGAUCAUUUAGGACGCAGCGGUGCUGUUGGUGCCAUCUCUCAAGUCAGGAAUCCCAUCGCCGUUGCUCGACUGGUCCUCGAAGAAUCCACCAAACCACUCUCCCUCCAGCGUGUACCACCAAACCUCCUUGUCGGUGCGGGCGCCACGGAUUUCGCCCACGAUAAAGGUGUGCCGAUCCUACCUCCGGACUUUCUGGUGUCAGUCAAUGCUCGUGAUCGCUGGAUCAGAUGGAGACAAGAUCUCAAAGAUGCAGAGGACAAGGAGGCACGGAAGCGGACUCAAGAGCAAGGCUUGGGAGGAUCAGCAGAUACCGUUUCCGCUGCUUCUGAGCCACGCCCUAGCCUCGCCGGUCCUCCAAUCUCAUCUCCGUCUACGCAAAGACGUCCGAGCCUGUCCAAUAUGCCUCCAAUGAUUCGGCCGUUGGUCGCCUCGACUGCCGAUGUUCCGACGCUGGCGCUGGGAAGGAAGGAUGGAAACACAAGCUUUCAAGACACAAACGAUAAACUUCCAACCCUUGGGUCAACGCUGCCCCCGGACGAUGAAUCUGCAUUCACCGAUCAGAGUGACGAUGCCAUUGAUGACAGUUUGCAAUGGCUAACGUCACCUCCUAAACGUCAAAGAAUGAAUGGCUCAUUUGACGGUCCUAUAGGAGACGACGACCAAGAGGUGGGAUCGGAGCCAUAUUCAGAAACACAAAAAGUCCCGAACCAGGACAGCGACCGGGAAGACGACAUUACAGACACUGUUGGAGCAAUUGCCGUAGAUUGCUUCGGUCGGAUAGCCGCCGGCUCAUCUUCUGGCGGGAUUGGCAUGAAGCACAAGGGCCGAUGUGGUCCUGCAGCCCUAGUUGGGAUUGGUACUGCAGUCAUUCCUGCUGAUCGCCAAGAUCCGACGCAGACCUCUGUAGCCACCGUGACGAGUGGCACCGGAGAACACAUGGCCACUACAACGGCUGCAGCUACGGCUGCGGAUCGGGUCUAUAACUCGAUGCGGAAAGAAAACGGGCGGCUUCUGGGGUGUAACGAAGAUGAAGCCAUGUAUUCUGUGAUUGACCAAGACUUCAUGACACAUCCUGGCGUGGUCAAUAGUCAUUGCACAGGAGCCAUUGGCAUCCUGGCAGUCAAGAAGAUGCGAGACGGCAUUUACUUUUACUUUGCCCACAACACCGAUUCAUUUGCAGUGGCUUCGAUGCAUUCGGAGGAACGAAAACCGGUUUGUACCAUGUCGCGGAGCAAAGGACAAGGGUCGAUCGCACAAGGUGGACGAGUGUCACGUUCCAGAUUUACCCGUCUCCGAUGAGGAUUUGCAGCUUGUGCAACCGAGGAGCAAGGAGCCGGUGACAUGCGUCGUAGCCCUGUUUUGCUUGCGUCCACGUCCAAGGAAAGCGGCGCUCCAGGAGAAUGACUGCCAUGGGUUGAGAAGUAAUCCUAAACGAGCAAGGUAGCACGAGAGUCUAUGCUCUUCGAGAUGCGCUGCCAGAACAGCAGGGAAAGGGGAGGUCAUGGUGCUGGACGUAUUUUUAGCUCGCUGUCCUAGGUCGAGAUACCUUAGAUGCGUC